UGCUAAAUAACGUCUAACAGAAAUAUUGUAAAUUGCGCAUGGCCUCUCCCCCAAACAAAAAUUUAAUUUGUGGUGACUGACUGACUAAGGUACAAAAAUUACAAAAGACAAAUAUUUAAGGUUUGGUUACCAAGAACUUUCUAAAACUAUAGUUUAAUAUGAAAACGACAAACUUAUAAAAUACGAUGAUUGGGAAAAGGUCUGAAGGGUUGAAACAAUCGACAUCAUCGACAUCAAUUGACAAUUCAUCAUCAACGUCGCCUAAUUAUAUACAUACUCAAAACAUUAAUGGUAUAAAUCAACCUCAAACUCAUAUCAAUAGUCCUACUCAUAGUCAUAAUCAAAGUCAUUCUGCACCUCAUAGUCGAAGCAGUAGUAGUGGUAUAAGUGGUAAUCUAUCUCUGUCUGUUGCUGACGGUAGAUCAAGUGCUGGCCAUUCAAGUGGUAGUGGUAAUACUAAUAGUUUAUUAUCUACUGCUAUUUCAAAUUUACAACAUCAAUAUUUAGAAUCGCCAGUUCAAGUUAAUAGUAAUCUGGGAGGAGGAAGUCAUAAUCUCCAACAAUCUGCAUUUGACUUAUUCGGUCAUUCACCAACUACAACUUCACCUGAAUUAAUUAAUCGAAAUUCAUCCUUAACCAAUUUAAGUACCAGCAAUACUUCCCAACCUUCAUCAGCUAGUAAUAAUCUAUUUAUGAGGAAACCAAGUGAUAGAAGAUAUUCAUUAGGUUCACCCUUUAAUAGUACUAGUUAUAAUCAUUCCUCCCAUCCUUCCACAGAAUUGAAUUCAUCUUCAGUAUUACCCUCAACAUCCACCCCACCUAUAUCCGCAUCAAGUUCAAAUCGAAAUUUAUAUACAUUACAAUCCCAAGCUCGAAAUCCUCAAUCUACCAUUAAUAGUAUUACACCUCGUAAAUAUGGAGGUGGUAGUGCAGUUGGUAUAUCCUUAUUGAGUAAUACGUUGAAUAGUAGUUCAACUGAUAAGAAACGAUUAGUGGAUCAAUUUUAUAAUGCUGCUACUAAUGAAUCUAAUCCUGUUAGUCGGGCUGGAAGUGUAUUAGAUAUUAAGAGUUUAACUAGUAGUGGUCAAGUUACAAGUAAUAAUAAUAAUGGGAUUAAAGGGAAAAGUGAUGGAAAUAAUAAUAACAAUAAUAAUGUAAAUGGGAGUAAUAGUGCAAUUGGAAAUGGAAUUGGAGGAAUUAGUGGAAGUGGUAGUACAGGUAAUUUAAACAAUCUUCUUCUUAAUGGAGGAAGUAGUAUCAACGGAGGUAAUAAUACUAGUAAUUUAAGUAGUUUGAAUCCAUCCCCCAGUUUAGAAAUGAGUAUGAGGAAGGAUAAUAUUAAUGAUAGUCUUGACGAUGGACAAUAUGAUCAUAGUAAUAAUCGAAUACCUAUCAAUGGGAUUGAUGAUGAGAUAUUUAAUGAGAUAGUUAAGAAUGGAGGGUUUAAAUAUGAUUCAAGGAAUUCUAAUUUAUUUGAAGAUGGAGAAUUAAUCAAUUAUUUAAAACUUCAUGAUUUAAUCAUUGGAGAAGAGAUGAUGAUGAAUGAUGAAGAAGAUAAUGGAAUAGGUAGAUUUCGUAAAGAGAUUAAAUUGAUUUCCCAAGAUUUAGUUGAUAUGAAUAAGAAAUUGAUAAGUAAUAGAAGAGAUGGAGGUACUGAUGAUGAGAUUCAUACCAAUUUAAAUGAUUUAAAUGCAUUAGAAGAUUAUUUAGAUUUAUUAAAUUAUCAAACUAAAGAAUUAAUGAAUCGAUUAAUUGAAGAUAAAGAAGAAUUAAAGAAUAAAUAUCAAAAGGAUAUUAAUGAUAGUCUUAAUCGAUUACAAGAUUUAAGUCAAGAAUUAUCUCAUUUAGAAACUAAAUUAACGAUAUUAAGAAAUAAAAUCAAUAAUGAUAAAUCAUUUAUGACAGAAGAAUUAAUGGAAAAGUUAAAAAUAUUAGAAUAUGUUGAUGAGAAAUUGAAGGACUAUACUGUGAUAUCUCGAAUUAGAAGAUUUAAACAAUUUAAUAUAUCCAUAUCUGUUAUCAUAUUAGUAUUUGGUUUAUAUAUGUAUUAUGGUUAGAUAAAAAGACAAAUAAGUAUUUAAUAUAGAAUAAAACAAAAGAUAUAAAAAUAAGUUGUGUUAUGAUUGAUAGUGAGUUAUGAAACAUAUUACCCAAUUAGGCAGUCGAGCCAUUUUUGCGCACAAGACCUCUCUUUUCCAAACGAAAAAAAGGGGAGACACCAAAAAAAAAAGAAAGAAAGAAAAAAAAAAAAA